AUGUCUCUCACAGAUGGUCGUGUGAGCAAGCGAUCCCAUCAAGCGUGUGAGAAUUGUCGGUCUCCGAAAGGAUAUUUGUCUGAUGGGGGGCGGACAGACGGAAGAAAACACGUUGCCCGGGAGAAAGGCCGGCGUGUUCAACUUGCACUCGCCUUCACCAGAUCUGUCAAUAUAGUAGAAAUGUUGACUCGGUGGAAAGACAUCCCGGCGGAGACCGAAUCUUGGUUGGUUCCACACCUGUCAAUAAUACAGCGGUAUGCAGAACUGAUCCUGGAUUCAGGAAGAUCGAUUACAGCAUAUCGAGGACAAAAUAGAAUUGAUGCUGGAGAGAUCAAUACUGGUACUCCGAAGUCAUUCUCAUGUGAGAAUAUACAUUCACAAGCAGCGUCAGAAUCUCCGCCGAGGAAGGUACAUCCAUCAGGCCUUGCGACUAGCCAGGAGAACCCUAGUCGCCUUGAAAAUGUUGCAGCACAAAUUAUUCCCCCUACUGAGGUCAUUUUCGAGUCAUUCGAUCUUUAUCGGCAGUAUUGCCACAAACAACCUUUGUGGCUUUUUGACGAAAGUGAUCUCUUAGCUCCCGAGAUAUACUCCCAGGAGAUCAUGUUUGGGAUACUCGGGCUUGCUUUACGUUAUUCCAACAAUCCGUUUGUAGAGGGGCGAGUGGAUGAACUGUGUCAACAAUACACUGAGGCAGCUCGUGGCAUUAUCAUGCUUAAAAUAGCGCGGGGGGGCGUUCAGCUUUCCACAAUUCAAAGUCUUUGUCUAAUCGCACUGGCAAAUUUCAUUGCAGAAGAAACUAAUAUGCAAAUAGGGGAUGAUGCGCGUAUGGCUUGGCUACAUAUUGGGCUUGCAACAAAUCUCCUGAAAUGUGGAGGGCUCGAUAUUGAAUUGCACAAAGACACGCGCACAAUAACGACAGAGGUACACCGAAAAUUAUAUUGGAGCAUUCAUCUCCUAAACCAACAGUACGGCCCACGAAACAUGCAAUUGGAUAUUUUGCGCGACAUUGGGCGACCCAGAUACAUGGGCGUCAACCGUUGUUCUAUGCGAGAAAUGGGAGUCUCUCCACCUCAGGUUCCUGAGGAACCGGGAGGCUCAACGCACAUUGAGGGUAUAUGGAUAUAUAUGGUGCAACUAUCAACUCUUUGGAGCGAGGUUCAACAUUAUGUUUCCCAUUGUGCUAGUGGCGAUCCAACACCUCCUUGGUCAUUAGAAUCAGGGUAUUCUGUCAUUGGGGCGCACCUCAUGAAUAUUGAGACAAGAUUCCCCACUCGUCACAGGUGGGACUCUGUCAGAUUCAUGGAUCACUCCAAAGAGACCAUACAUCAGAACCGCGGCUACUGGAGUCCCUGGGUAUAUCUUCAAUUUACAUAUCAUGCUAUACACAGCGUGCUGAAUCAUCCAUUCCUUUAUUCGUGGAGACCGCAGCAAUCUGCGCAGCUUGCGAUUCCAAACACAUUUUGGAAAACCUCAUCUGAGCUCGCUCUCAUUCAUACGACUUGGACAGUUCGCCUCAUUGAUAUGGUAUCUGAGAAAGAAUAUCAAGUCUCCGAUCCAUUUCUCGCUCACCUAGUAGCAAUUUCUGCAACAAUCCAUCUUUAUUAUUGUCGAGCAGCUGAUCCAUCGGUCCGGGAGUCUGCUCAGAGUAAACUGGAUGCUUGUAUGACCUUUCUAGGCGCACUUGCAGAUAGGUGGCCAAGCUGCAAGGUGAUAAAUAUACCGCGAAGAACCAUUUCCAUCAAUACUGCUCUUAUGUGGGACAUACUUCUCCAAACCUCUCCCAGAUCUUCCUCGAAUUCAUCGGGCGCGGGUCUUUUUGAUGCUUCUUUUUUUCAGGACGCCGAGGAGGCAAAUAACGAAAAAGAAACCGUCGAAACAGAGAUAUUUCAUCAUUCUACGAGGACUGUCGACACAUCAGAUGGGGGACAAGCUUUACCACCGUAUUCGAGUGUGGCACAAUUUGGGCCUUCUUCAAAAGACCUCAAUAAUGAUGCUGGACCAAUAGGAGAUCAAGUCUCCUCCACCAUGAUAACAAGUGACGAGUACCACGUCCCAUCGUUGCCAGAGACGAUGAUGUGGCCGGGACCUGGCUUUCGUGGAGAU